AUGAAAAAAUUCUUGCUCUUGACUGUUCUUUCUUAUGUGACAGCUAAAUAAGACUUCUCUUUUCUAAAGAAUGAUCUCACAGAUCAAUUAUAAUAGAUGUACAAAUAAGAAAUCAAGGACAACAUCAAGAGUGCUAAAUAAGAUCUGUCAGAUUAGAUUGCUUAAAAGCAAAAAGACCUUAUUGAUAGCAUUCUUAACAUUCCGUCCAAAAUUGAUAUACUUGAAGAUAUGGGACUAGUUUCUAAACAAAAAGCAGACUUGUUUGAUCUAAGUGACCCCGAUGUAGUCAAAACAUUUCAACAAAUUGUUUAGGAUAAUGGCUACAUUUUUGAGGAACACAAAGUUACUACUGAAGAUGGCUAUAUACUUAAAAUGUUUAGAAUUCCUGGCAAGAAAUCUGAACUUUAGUCUCAUGAUGGAUCCGUUGACUCACUUGAAAUAAACAAGAAAGUUGUUUUCUUGCAACACGGUGUAUUCGAUUCAGCUGAUUGUUGGAUAGCACAUUACUCUGACAGAGCUCCUGCUUUUAUCCUUUCAAAUUAAGGUUACGAUGUCUGGCUAGGUAACACUAGAGGCAACAAGUAUUCAAACCAGCACAUUGAUCCUACAAUAAGUUAACAACAGUACUGGGAUUACUCCUUUUAAGAAAUGGGAGACUAUGAUAUUCCAGCCGCUCUUGAUUACAUUAGACUUCUCACCAAAUAAGAUAAAGUAGCCUAUAUAGGACAUUCAUAGGGUACAGCUCAGAUGUUCUAUGGAUUGGCUACCAAUUAAGACUAUUUCGCUGAUAGAGUUAGCAUCUUCAUUGCUCUUGCUCCAGUGACAACUAUUUCAGGCAAGGAAUCUAUAUUCCUUGAGAUGUUUAGAUCUAAUGUAGAGUCACUUAUGAAGAUUUCCAAGGUUCUGAAGAUCUAUGACAUUUUUUAACCAAAUCAACUCACUACAGGAUCCUCUCAACUCAUAUGCGGAUAUAUCCCAGAUUUUUGCAAGUUAGGAUCAUUAAUAGCUGAUGAAAACUUAGACUUAAAUGAAGGAAAGAGAGCUGGAGUAUUCUUCUCUCAUUUUCCAUCAGGCACUAGCAUAAGAAGUUUAGAGCAUUUCUCUUAGAUAAAAUCGAGUGGAAGAUUUUAGACAUUUGAUUUUGGACCUGCUAGAAAUAUUCAAAGGUAUGGAACUGAAAAACCAUACGAAAUCCCUAUUCAAGAUAUUAAAAAGGUACCAGUUGCCAUGUUUGUUGGUAGCCUUGAUUUAUUAUCUUCUUAAUAAGAUGGUGAGAAAACAUUAGAAAAAAUGAAAAAUGAUGUAGUUUUCUAUUAGGUAUACAAACUUGGCCACUUAGGCUUCAUGAUAGCAAAAGACAUGAGUUAUUUCACUAGGGAUGUGCUAAGUGUUCUUGAAAAUCAUCACUCUGCAAAAUCCAAUAAUCAUCAGAAUCUAGAAUGA